CACACAGGACUUAAGUUUACAUUUCACUGCUGCCGCAACAGUUUCUUAAGUGACGCGCUGUAGUUCGGAGUCCCAGUUCGCAUAAUUCUCAAAAAUGAAGAAGAAAAGCAGCAAAUCUACCGAAGUUCUCCUGGAUAAUUGUGAAAAUGUACACAUUGACGAUUCAGGCACAAUAUUACCCAGCGAGAUCUCCGCGACCACGAAUCUGCUUGACAACAAUAACACAACCGCCAUUAAAACGCAAUGUCCAGACACAAAGCUCGACAUUGAACUUCCGCUUUCAGGUGAGAGAGCAAAUAAAACACUCGCUGAUAUAGCAAAUGAACCAUCGAUUUUCCGCCAUCCACCGCCGCCUUGGUAUCGCAACUGGACAACCGCUGGCAUCGUGCUUUGUGUGAUCUACAAUUUGACCAUAGUAUUACUCCUAGUUAUGGGAUUCUUUAAGUUCCGCCAAAGCUGAAGCCGAAUAAAUUGUCUAAUUUAAAAUCACAUUCCAUAAAUUUUUUGCAGUGUAAUGAAAACUUUAAUUUUUCAUCAUAUCCAUAUAGUAUUAUAAGGCCAUAUUAAACGAGUAAAUAUAUACACAUA